AUGGCUGCAUUAGGAGCAAUUUCCCCUUCAAUUAAGCUUUCAUCAACCAAAAAUGGCAGUAGUUCCUACUAUGUUCGUCAUCCAAGAAUAGAAUUAACACUCCACAUAAGAAACCAUUUAGAUGUAUCCACAUUUUGUACUCAUCUCUCUUUUCGGAAGGUUAGCAGUUUUGACACUCAAUUCACCAUCAGGGCUGCUUCAUCUCCUUCAGUUGCAGAAUAUACAGAGGAACCAGCAACUAAAGUGAAGUUUCAAACAUCAUUAAGCCUUCCUGGUUGCUCUAGCCCGUUAUCAUUGCUAGGAACUGGUUACAGAGAGAAAGUAUUUGCCAUCAUUGGUGUCAAGGUGUAUGCUGCAGGGCUAUAUGUCAACCAAUCAGUGUUAGCUAAGCUAGAUGCUUGGAAGGGAAGUUCCUCAGCAGACCUGCAACAGGAUUCAGCAAUAUUUGAUACAAUCUUUCUAGCUCCAUUGGAGAAAUCUUUGCAGAUUGUUCUUGUGAGAGACGUGGAUGGUAAAACUUUUUGGGAUGCCCUAGAUGAAGCCAUCUCUCCAAGAAUUAAAGUUCCCACUCCAGUUGACGACACAGCGCUUUCUUCAUUUCGUAGCAUCUUUCAAGGGAGGUCGCUUAAUAAGGGUACCUUGAUAUUCUUGACCUGGCUGGACUCGACCAAAUUGCUUGUUUCAGUAUCAAGCAAUGGGUUGCCUUCAACAAUUGAUGCAACAAUUGAAUCAGCAAAUGUAACAUCAGCUCUUUUUGAUGUGUUUCUUGGAAGGGAUCCAGUAUCGCCUACUCUGAAGGCUUCAGUGAGCACUGGAUUGUCAGCAUUGCUCAAGUAA